AGGGUAUGCAGUUGGCGAUCUCCUGGUCGAUAGUUGGUUGGUCGCAUUUGUGCUCGCCAGAGAGGUGCUUGCCGAGGUGUCCGAUCUUAUCAUCAGCAGUCUUCAUACGCCGAUCAGGUUACUUGCUGUCUAUUAACAUAUUGGCUAGACCAGCAUAUUUUUGCAGACCUUUAAAGCUCGUUUGUCGUGGUCUAGAAGAAUGGCCGGCGUCAAUCCCGUCCUUGUGCUUGUCCUUCCGCUGGCGUACAUCCUGGCGUCGACUAUGAUCACUUUGAAGCUUACUUUGGUGUUGUCGCUUCUCGGCCAGGCUGGCGUUAAGGUUAGGUCCAUGAAGCAGCUCGCGCCGAUCGAACCAGCUGUGACUGCACUCGUGGACUACUUGACGCGCGUGUUUGGACCACUGCACAAGUUCACCCCUCAGCCUACGCACGUGCUGCUGGUGGCCGUGAUUGUGGCCCUGGUAGUGCAUGGCAGCGGCAGCAGCCGCCGCAAGGUAUUUGAAUCGUUCGAAGGUCACCGUCAUGAAUCACGGUUCUGUUUAGCAUGGCCAGCUCACGAGUUUCAUGCAAAGUAUACAUUUUGGACUCAGAUCAAUCAAUAUAGUGUUUCUACGGUACUGUAG